UAACUCGGUAACAAACAGGCAUACACAGCCGUGGUCAUCCAAUGUCAAGUUACUCCCCGGCCGGUACAUCCAGUGAACGGUGAAACACUUCUAUCACGACCACAGCAAGCUAGUUAAGUUUGAACUUACACUGACUUCAAUGAUAUCCCAGCGUCUACGCCAUCACCUUGAUGGGUUCACAGCCCAUUCAUGAGAGUUAAGAGGGCGCAUGAUGUGUCGAGGAGCUUGCAGUCCUUUAAGUACAUACUGGCGUCAUUGACUGCAUUAUGGACUUGCGAUUAUACAUGUUCACUUCAUGAAGAGUGGACAUUUUUGCUUCGAUCACGCUGGAGCAAGAUGAAAGGACUCUAUAUCGUUACACGAUACCUCCCCUUUAUCUUUCUUGCCACAAAUCUAUAUUUGUAUGUUAUCCCGAAUGAGACAUCAGGUAAAUGCCGGGUGCUGGAAAAUACUCAAUCAGGUCUUGGAAUAGUAUUAGUCAUUGUCUCCGAAAUUUUUUUUAGCCUUAGAACAUAUGUGCUCUGGAAUAGAAAUAGAAUCUUGCUCGUAGCCAUCUUGUUCACCUCUUUCGUGAGCUCCCAAUUCACUCACAAUACCGAAGCUAGUGGUAAAUGCAUCGGCCAGACUUUUCCCGCAGCAUCCUUCAGCAUUUUCUUCGCUGCUGGCGUCCCCACAGCAUGUAUUCGUUCUCACCUUCCCUUUGGUGUUCCACGACCACUUAAACAUUCUGUUCCCUUUCACAGAUACGACUAGCGCGAUCCCGGGAAUCACAGGGUGCUACCGGAAUUCGACAGGUUUCCAGUACGU